UAAAACCAAUCGAUCCAAUGAAGUUCACAUUGUCAUUAGCAUUCCUUGCUCUCUCAACCCCUCUAUGUCAUGCUUGGGGCUCAGAAGCUCACACAACAGUCGGCCUGAUCGCCCAAUCCUUCCUCCUCCCUCGAACUCAAACGUUCAUUCUCUCCCUUCUUGACUCCAGAUACGACGGAUCCAUUGGUGCUGCUGCACCAUGGGCGGACGAGUACCGUAAUACAGCCGAGGGAAGAUAUUCUGGUGCUUACCACUACAUCGAUACUCUCGAUGAUCCACCCAACACAUGCGGAGUGGACUUGGAUAGAGAUUGCCCCUCGAGUCAUGGUUGCAUCGUGAGCGCAAUCGCAAACUACACCCAACGGCUCGGUGACGAGAGUCUGGGCAAAGACGAGCAAAAUAAGGCCCUCAAGUUCCUCGUGCACUUCCUCGGUGAUAUCACACAACCACUCCAUGCCUCGGGCCAUGCCCGAGGUGGGAAUGAAGUCAAGGUCACCUUCGCGGGAAAGCACCGUAGCCUUCACGGUAUCUGGGACGACGAUAUUCCUCAAUAUCUUCUCCGCUCAAAGUACAGUGACUCGAUAACGUUCUGGACACAAUCGCUGGUGGACCGGAUUAAAGCAAACACUCUAUUGACGCCAAAGGAGGAGUGGACGACUUGUGUCGACCCGGAUCAAGCUGUCCGAUGUGCUACUGAAUGGGCAACGGACUCCAACAAAUAUGACUGCUCGUACGUGUAUAGCGCGCUGAACGACACCUCGACGGAUUUGUCUGGGGAGUACUUCAGAAAUUCCGUGGAUAUUGUGGAGCUACAGGUCGCAAAAGGUGGUUUGAGGUUGGCGGCUUGGUUGAACAGUGUUGUUACCGGAGAGCAUGGACUUUCAGAGGACCAUGGAGACAGAUUCGUUCUGCAGCACCCCGAGUUAUGACUGUCGGAGUGAGGGAAGCAGACAUUGUUGUACUUUUAGCACUUCAUACCAGUAUACCGGUACCCUCAGAAAGCGAUCCACGGGAAAAGACAGCCA